AUGUUUUGUAGCGGUGUCUAAUCCUUCGUGCGUUGAUGGAAUAGUUGCCGGGGAUCUACCAAAAGUAUUUCAUUUUCAAAAAUAUAGCUUUCAAGCUAUAUGAACAUUGUUCAAAUGUCUUUGAAGCGGAUUCUCAACGAUGAAGGGCCUAGCUACGGUAGUCAACGGCUUCAUACGCAAAAUGGCUAUAUCACGACUGGGGCAGGGCAAGAGGAUUAUGCAGAUGUAUUCUCCGACGAUAUAUUGUUCAACCUGAAUUAUAACUCAAAAUUUCCUGACUUUGAACGUCCGUACGGGUUAGGCCAAGACGAAUUUGACGACGUACAGCAGUGGGGCUAUGCUUCUAUAUUCGAUCAACAACCAGAUCGAGCCUCAGACUCUCCACCAGUAACGGCGGAAGCUAGCGAUUUGUACCAAGGCGUCGCCGAUGGUGAAGUUAUGUCAAACGGAGUUAAACCCAAGACCGUAUGCUAUGGCAUGCUCUACAACGUAGACGUCAAGAUAGUUGGUGACAUGGGUUUCCUCGACACCAAACUUAAGCCGACCGAAGGCAGAGGCCCUAAACAAACCCAACAUUUCAGGCUAUCCGAGAAGCCCGAACACGUCCUCCUGAGUUUCGACGACGGGACCGAGUUCGGUCUCCUGCGAUCCAGCAUGACGAAACACCUAUCUGACAUGCUCAGAAUUAGCGAGUUAGAUUUCGAAGCUGUUGCCGAGACGAAAGUGCUUAGAGAUACAAUAGGCCGAGCUCAGAAGCCGUCCGAAGCAUUGAUACGAGUGAGCAUCAACAUCUACGGGCCGCCGAAUCAAGCCAAUUAUGUUGGGGAUCUUCUCUCGUCACACAAGCUGUGGCUUCAGAAACCUGAAUACGCGAGACGGGAUUUGCCAUAUGAAAACCCGCAGGUCUUGGUGUUUGAAGGCCUUGAUGCGAGUAUACUUGACACGCCCGUCGAGAUGCUCCAGAGGGUAAAAGUACAAGCAAAACCUCGAACUGAGGAGGAACACCUACACCAGACCAUCUCGGAUGUCUACAAUAGGUCCAAGAGACAAGAGGGGCUACAGCAGAUUAGAGUCAGCCGUCGGUUCAAGAAGGGAAUGCUUGGCCAUCAAAAGGAGGCGCUCGACUUUAUGCUUCAACGAGAAUCAGGCGAAAUCCCCGACCAAUUUCGGCUGUGGAAGGAGAAGGUGGUAGAGGGACAUACUAGUUACCAACAUUCGAUCACGAAAAGCAAGGCCCGAACCCGGCCAGAAGAGAAAGGCGGCGGUAUCUUGGCCGACGAGAUGGGCAUGGGGAAAUCCUUAUCGAUUUUGUCACUCAUCGUAGAGACUUUGGAAAAGGGACAGAUAUGGGCAAGUAAGCGCAGGACUGCUAGAGAUGGGGCGACAAAGGUCAAAGGCCACACCCGAGCUACACUAGUUGUGGUUUCUUCAGCUUUGCUCAUCAACAACUGGGAAAAGGAGAUUGAGGAACAUCUAGAGGAUAGUCUAAAUGUGAUUCGGUACCACGGACCAAACCGGAAUAAAAAUGGCGCUGGUGCCGCGAAGCUGGAGGACGCAGAUAUUGUAGUCACGACGUACAACACCCUAGCUAAGGAGUUUAGCGAUAGCUCGGCUUUCAAAAAGUCUAGUCUGCUGCACGAUAUUGAGUGGUAUAGGGUGGUCCUCGACGAAGCUCAUAUCAUCCGCCGCCAAGCCACAAGCUUCCAUAAGACCUGUGCCGAGCUCAAGGCACACUCGCGGUGGUGUCUAACAGGCACCCCAAUCCAGAACAAGCUCGAAGACAUCGGCUCGCUAUUCUGCUUCAUCCGCGCCCGGCCCUUCGACAGCAUGGCCGUCUUUCGACGCUACAUCGCCGUCCCCUUCGAGCAAAACGACGACGAGACGACCAAAGAACGGCUUCUACCCCUCAUCGAGUCCCUCUGCUUGCGCAGAACCAAAGACCUGCUUCAGUUGCCCGACCUCGAUGAGUCGGUGCGCAUACUGGACCUUACUGAGCCUGAAAUGAAGCAGUAUAAUAAGACCCAGGAUAUCCUGUUUCGCAAGAUCAAACAGAAAGUUGGCGAGCAUGAGGAGACGAGCAAUUUUGGCCUCUUCCAGGCGCAGUUGCAGUUGAGAAUCAUGUGCAACCACGGGACUUUUCAGCAGCAGUUUAGCUGGCAGAGUGCGAAAAGCCUGAGGGACAUCAAGGAGGCUGCCUUGUCGCUAAAGAGGGAUAGUGCCGAAGUCACCUGUAAUGGGUGCUCGCAAAUCAUGCCAGUUCUGGGAUCAAACGAGCUCUACAAUAACUUCGUCGAAAAAUGCAAUCAUGUCUUGUGUUCUGAGUGUUUGCAGGACAUAGUCGACCAAGCGGGGCAAGUUGAUGCGAGGGGACAUUGUCCCAUGUGCGUCCGAAUCGUCACCGAUGCCCCCGGUGUAGACAUGACCGGCGCGAAUGCAAGCCAGUCAGGGAGACGGGGCGGAGAGCUAGAAGACGACCGUUAUUUCCGCCAUGACGGAUAUUCCACCAAGAUGCAGGCGCUCAUCUCGGACGUGAGGCAGGACUUGACCAGGACAAAGAGCAUCAUCUUCUCGUGCUGGACUAGGACGCUUAAUCUCGUGGCGAGGCACUUGAAACAAGAUGGUAUACGGUUCUCUCGUAUCGAUGGGGAGUGUCCGCUGGCCAAGCGACAGAAAAUCCUGGAUGACUUUGCUAAAAGGACUGGUGACCCGGUGCUCAUUAUGACGACGGGGACCGGCGCAUUUGGGUACGUUGCCGUUCCAACUAAAAUCAGUCUAUCCCCUGAAGUUGAUUCGUCCAGGCUGAACCUUACUUGCGCCAACCGUGUUUUCAUCGUGGAGCUGCAAUGGAACCCGAGCGUAGAAAGUCAGGCCAUUGCCCGGGCCAUCCGGUUGGGACAGAAGCAGCGCGUUUCGGUGAUUCGAUACAUUGUGAACAACACUGUCGAAAAGGCUAUGCAAUCUCAGCAAGAGGUGAAGCUGAGGAUGGCGCAAAAGGGGUUUGUUGAUGACGCAGACGAUGCUGGUGCGGUAGAGAUUUGACUAAGGUUAGGUGCGUCCAAGGCGAAGUACUUCGACCUUCUUCCCAUAGCUAGUAACAUAAUUGCGUCGAUCUUGGCAGCAAAAUAGGGCUUUUGGUACACAUUACUUGCCCAUAAUCACGCUUGAAGAAGACUGCCGAGCCACCCCGCUCAAACUGCUGCUAUCAGGUUUGAAGAAUACGAGAUUACCCGCCUUGAAGGUACUGGGAUUGAGCCUUUUUCUUCAUUUCCGUUUAUCAUACUAUCAUAUGCAAAUCCAUGGCUUAUAAAAAUGACCUAGUAAGCCUUUAAUCUAUUAAAUGCAAC